AUGUCGGACUCGGAAAUAGAAGCAUACGUUCAGCCAGUCUAUAAAUUUCUUGGUACGAAGACUCCUUUGAGAUCUGAAAUUUGUCCUUCACCGGUUGUAGCAGGUUUACGAGAAAAAUAUGAGGGAUUAAGAGAAUCAUUGAAUCCACUUCACGAGGUUGCCAAAAAAGCAGCUUACAUUGAUACAUUGAUCUAUUUGUUGAGAGAACAAGGAUUUGAAUUUCAUCAAAGUCUUGAUGGUGAGCAUCAACUUAUUGACUUAAUUGGGAGAAAAGAGGUCAAGAUUAAGGUAAUUGACGAUUCGAACGCUGAAGAAGAAAUCGACGGAAGUGUCAAUGAAGAACAUGAUUCUGAUGAGAUUGAUGAAACACGAAAGACUACCAAAUUAUCGCCACCGAAUCGAAAACGUAUGGUGCAUUAUAAUACUACACAUAAAAAGGCAAACUCUGGCAAGAUGAUUGAUAAUCAUAAGAAAAUAGCGAUUAGAAAAGACGAAGAAAUCUCUCCUUUGGGUCACCAUUAUUCGGUUGAAACAUCCACUGUAAAAACUAAUGCUAUCAAGAGGGUAAUUACUAAAAACUUUAAUGGUAACGUUCGUCGUCCUCCCAUCAAGUUUUCUCAAAUUAAAACAUCCAGCAUUCGAAAAGAUGUAUCUCGUCAUGACAGUAGUUUUAGAGAACCUAUGAACAGCAUGAAAUAUCCAAGUAAAAAAUUGAAUAAGACUUCUGCGCUUUAUGUUCCACCUGACUUAGCUUAUGUAGAAGUGCCACGCAUUUCCGCAAAGCUUAAAGCAAU